GUGGACGCCGCUCUCGCAUUCGCCGGCCGUACCUCGCCGCGAGUGUGUGUAUCAUCCGCGCUCAGCGUUGUCAUAACAUUCCUCGCGUGCAGUGAAACUUCAUAAAAAAUAUUUUGUUGCAAAAACAAAUGGGCGUAGAUAGUGAAACGUAAACUUGUGAUGAUGCACAGUGUUCUGUGAAAUUUGCGUCGUUUGACAGUUAGUCGUGGUGCAGUUUGCAUUCUUUCCCGAGUUCCGCCCGCUCGGAGGACAGUAAGAGAGUGACAGUUUGCUGUGUUUUGUGCGAGUUUUUCUUGGAGGAGUUCUCUGUGUUCUUAGUCGGAGGCCGUCGUGAACACCGGCCCCGACAUGGAGGGUUACUUCGACAUCUCCAACGACCUGAAGGACGUCUGGGAGGCGGACAUUGACCCGGAAAUGCAAGAUGUACUGGAAGAGGAUUCAGAAAUGACCGAUUGGCUGAUCGAACGGGACUCCAAGUCAGGCGUAGUAUUGCACGACAGGCUUAUGACAGACGCGGCCCUCGGAGCUGCCCCCAUCAAGACAGAACACUCAUACAGCCUACACUCAGAUGUCGAAUCCGCACCCUCUUCGCCACACCAUACCAAAGUUGAUGACAUGGAAGACGAAUGCUACCCAGCAAUGCCAGCGAGCGCAUGGAGCAGCCGACGACGGUCCAGCGACUCCCCCCCUCGGGAGGUUAAGGCAGAGCCCAAGUCUGAGCCAGAGUCACCCGCGUCAUCAUGCCCUCCCUCCCCCACCCCUGGCACGCCCGUCGCACACCUAGACUAUGUCAUCGACCACACGACCGGUACAAUCCACAUGCCACAAGCCGUGCUACAGAAGGUGGGGGCAGCAGGCAUGCCACAGCUACUGCUCAGUGCUGCACCAAGGCUCGCCACCUCGCUCAACUCCAACAAACUGUCCAUUAAAGUCACUUCCAGUUCAGGGGCUUCAGGCUUCAACCUGCCGCCCACGCCGCCGUCAUCUCUGUCGUCUUCUGACAGCGAGGGCGCGCUGUCUCCGGCGCACGAGGUGGCGCCGGCGGCGGCGCCCGCGCGUCGCUCACACCUCUACGUGUCGCACCACACGCGCCAGCCCAUUAACACGCCGCUUAUCAGCAGUCAGCCGAAAGGCUCAACUGGCACACUGGUGCUAACGGAAGAAGAAAAGCGCACGUUACUGGCUGAAGGCUACCCCGUGCCCACACGUCUGCCCCUCACUAAGGCUGAGGAGAAGUCCCUCAAGAAGAUCAGGAGGAAAAUUAAGAACAAGAUUUCAGCACAAGAAAGCAGGCGCAAAAAGAAGGAAUACAUGGACCAACUGGAAAGGAAGGUCGAGAUCCUUAUAUCGGAGAACACAGACUACAGGAAAAGGGUGGAGACCCUCGAGCAGAAGAACGCGAGUCUCCUGUCUCAGGUGGCGUCGCUGCAGGCACUGCUGGCGCGCGGCCGCAAGUGACGUCAUCACCCGCGUGACGUCACCGCCCCGCCGGCCCGCAAGUAAGCGCUGUCCCGUAACGGAAUCAAUGUAUAUUUUGGAUGUCUUUACAUUUACGUACACGAGUGUCCGGGGAAAGAACUGUCAGCGUUUGAAUGGUUGCUCACUGUAAUUGUUAGUAAAUAGGUAUUCUGUGGUGCUCGAUCGCUAUACCUACGUCGGUAUACAAACUGUCAAGUGCCACACUAGAUAUUUAUUUUAUACAACUCUGAAACAGUUUUCGUUCGACGCGAGGGAUGACUUGAUAACAGGGAAUUAGUACUGGGGUUUAGAUAAGUAUCGAUAGUUAUUUACGCGUGUUGUUUGAAAUCUCGUAAUAUAUAUUAUUAUAGCGCUGUAACGGCGAUAAUUAGUCUGUAAGUUUUAUUUUAUGCGUGUUUUCAUUGAAAUGUGCAAUUAGGUUAAGGAUUUUAUUGUUACCCAAAGCAUACAUUGUACUUGUGUGGGCUCUCCGUCGUAGAACACAUCGCCGUGAACAGAUCGCCGGUCUGCACGUGGCCUAACAAUGGUAUUUGACACUAGAUUAAACAAUAGAGACUACUAAACUACUUAAUAUAGUUUGGGACAUAGCAUCGCCGCUGUGUAUGAGUGAGAUGGCGAUGCGUUGUGUUAUCGGAAUCUUAGUAGCAUAAUAAUGUAAGACGCGCAGUGUACCAGCGGCCGUCUUACCGAUUUAUAUUGAAUUCCAUGAAUUUGCAUUUAUAGCGAAAUGUGUAUUGUCCUAGAGAUUUUACCUUGUAUUUAAGAUAAAGUUAGUUAUGUAUCUAAUAGUGGACCUAUUUAAAACCGAUUUGUGUGACAAUGUGUUUUCGGUUAUGUCUAGUCUCUUGUAGAACCGUCGGGCCUCGUUCUGGAGGCCUCCAUAGAAACAUUAGCUGCGUUCUCAGUUCAUACUGCGCUCUAUAUCGACAAGUACAAAAUAAUGGCAUGCCUUCAACGGGAAUAACGUAACUAACUGUAAUGAGCUAACUCAUUUAUUUACAUGCAGUAUUUUAACUAUAAGGGUUGCCUCACUAUAAAAAUGCGGAUCGAAGGACCAGAGAGAGAAAAAAAUAAAAACUCCAAGGUUCGUAAGCUUUUGUUUUUGUAGUUAGGUGCCUAAAAGCUUAAUGAAUAAUCAAUUUCAAUAAAUAUAUUCUAGCAGAAUCUCCAGUAGUGAGUGCGUUGUAUUUCGUGGUCUUGCCAACUCUACCGUAGCUACAGCGUCCAGCGUGAUAGUUCCAUAUAACAAGCUGCUAGUGAUCUUUCUAACAUUCUUGUUAAACUAAACAUUCCAUUUCUUAGUUAUGAGUGACUUAAAGUGAGCUCGAGUACUUAUUACUGCUAAUUUGUAGACUUUAGCGCGGGAACACUGUAAACUCUUGUUUAUGGAGACGAAUUAAUGUCCCUAUUUUGUUGUACAGACAGCACAUCAACUUACCGCAAUCUGUCAAACUUCUUCAAUACAUUUUCAACCUUAUCACAAUAGUGAAAGGUUAAAGUUCGAUUGGCAAAAUUUGACAGAUACGGGUAGGUUGAUCUGCUGUAACCAUCCAUUUAUUGUGUCUGUGACCUCGAGUGUGACCAACCAUACGGUUUUUUGGACACUAGUGACCAAAAAUAUUUAAAGUUAAGUUGCAUAAGCUCUUUGCUUUAUUAAAAAACGCAGUUUCUGAAAACAAAAGUUUACAGUGCGCCUCGACAUUUUAUUUAACAAACUUUUAAACAAAUAACACAUUUUGAUAUUAAAAAUGUGCUGUUAUAAAUUUUCGUUUGAAUAAUUUAUAAGACUAGCCAAUCAAUGUUAGCUUUUUCAAAAUUUUAACGUCGUUUUAUGUCAUUUGUAGAGGGUGACGUUUAUGCUUUUUAAAUAUCGAAUACAAACACAAAGGCAGAGACAAACUUUUGUAGGUAUGCGAUGUCUCCCAGAGUGAACCUAUGAACGCAAAUAUAUUCGAUAUUCAAAACGUUGCUUUCUACAAAAUAUAAAAAAAAAAUCGACAAAAUUGUAAAUAAACCAUAAUCAAAGCUAUAUUUACUAGAAUGCCUGUAUAUAGGUAAUAUCAUUGUUUCGUAUUAAUAUUUCACUGUUUGUGCAAUUAAUUUGUUCUCUUAUACACUCGUAAAUGUUCUUCCUAUUUUAGUAUAAGAAAAUGUUCUAUUUAUAUACUUAGCGCUGAAUUAAUAUAUCGACAUAUAGCCCUGGCUUCUCAGGGAACGUUUUAAAGAAUUGAGAUAUAUUUUAAGAGAUUUUUUCUAAGGAAAUUUUAGAUAUAUAUAAACACUGUUUUACACGUCUUUAUCACUAUACAAGUUAGGUCUCUAGAUAAAGUAUCGUUAGUACGGUCAUACAUACAAGUUUAUUAUUGAAACUGCAAGUGUGCCUGCAUAUCCAGCAUUGCUCUAAUGGUAUAAGCAUCGAUAGGAAAGUAUCCUUUAUAGAAAAUAUUAUUAUUUAAAUAUAUGAAAUAUUCAAUUCCUAAUAUGGCAUUUACCGUCUGCAAAAGUGAUUUUAUAGGAAUUAUGAUGAAUUAACUGAUUUUAGUAAUAUAUUUAACUUAUAAUGGAAUUAAUAUUUAUGUGAGAGAGGUGCGCCUGCGCCUGGCUUAUUAUGACAUAAUAACUUGUAAUGUAAACGAAAUGCCAAACAUACUAUUAUAUGUUAGUAUGCACAUACAUAUUUUGGGUGACAAUGUUACGAUUCAUUCGAGGUUUGCAUGUGUGCGUGAGUCUGAUCUCCGAUGGGUCGUAAUCCGUGCGAGUCCCUAGAGGGGCCGAACGUAUCUUGUUAUUCAUUAUAAAGUAAUUUUAUUUGAUAGUUUUAUUUGUUAAAACUAUACGUUACCUUGAGUCAUGAUUUGUUGAAUCGUUUGUUUUAUUAUUAUUUUUCAAUGACAUUGCGGAUUUUACUGUCACCCUUCUAAUAAAACGUCAAAUAUUGUAAUA